CAAAGGCUCUUUUGUUUGUCAACAUGGUGAUACUGAUGAAUAUACUAAUCCACGUCAAUAUUAAUACAAAGAAGGACAUCAUUUUACUUAAAAAUGAAAAAUCUGAAACCACACAAAAUGAAGACGACAAAGAUAAGGGAUGUUGGAAUUUGAAACUGAGAGAAGAAAUGGGGAAUAAUUUGUACAAUUGUAAAAAGGGCCAAGAGCCAAUCAACAGAGGGGCUUUAAUGGAUACACUGGAUGAAUUCAGACAAGUGUACGACACGAGACCCUUUAACAAUAAGCAUGGCACGGCAAUUAUGCACCAGUUUGCACUAUGGUCGUUAAUACGACAUCUAGACCCUUUGUUCAUCAUAGAAAGCGGUGUCAAUACUGGCCUUGGAACCUGGCUUUUACGACAAGCCGCCCCAAAAGCGAAACUCAUUAUGCUCGACCCCCAGGAUCUCUUGAAAUUUCGAGAUGCCGAGGAUGAUAGUGUGUAUUUUAUCGGUCGCGAAUUUAAAGAUUUCGCCAGCAUCAACUGGGAAACCCUCAUAGAUGACAAGGAACGUACACUUGUAUUCAUUGACGAUCAUCAAUCACAUUUUAAAAGAAUUAUACAAGCUCUCGAUUUGGGAUUCAAACAUUUAAUUUUUGACGAUAAUCCAUACAUAGGAGGGGAUUUGUAUUCAGUUAGACAGGCGUGUGAUGCAAGACGCUGUAUUGAAGACAGUCUUGGAAUAUCGGAAGGAUUUUCCAUUAAUUUGAAAGAUGAUUUCGGAAGAAGCAUGGAAACCGUAAGUGAAGAGAAGGCUCUAGAAAUGGCUGAGUUCUUAUUUGAUCAAAUAGACGUUUAUUUCGAGUUUCCGCCCAUAUGGGUAGCAAAUGUUGAUUAUCAUUUCAAAAGGUACUACAGCGUUUUGAAUAUCACGAGAUCUUCAUGGGGCCAGAUAAAUCCAGCGCCUUUACUGGAAGGAAGGGAUGCAGAUGAUUUCAAGGAAAGAUUCCAAUACAAACUCACGCGCUUUGACGAUUCAUAUGAAAACAUAUGUUAUGUGAAACUCAAACAUAAGGGAUGAACGAACUAUUAACAAUAUUGUAUAAUAACUAGAAAUGCUCUUUCUAUCUGAAUUUACCUUUGAAUUGAUCUUUUAAAUUAAAGUGAAAUCCCCGGCGAAAUCAUAUCGUUGAGUUGGUAUUUCAACAGCGA